AUGGCGAGCGCUCAUGGGGCAGAGCCUGAUGCUGAGGACGAAGCCAAACCCGAAGAGGCUGUCUACGAGGAGGUGAUACCCUGCGAGAGGAUGGAGCUGAGCCAGCGGCUGGCUGUGGAGGAGCUCAUCACCACUGAGGCCAGCUAUGUCCACAAUAUCCAGCUCUGCGUAUCGGACAUCCGAGCACACCUCCAGAAGAAGCAGCUGCCUGAUCUUGACCUGGAAGGACUCUUCUCUAACACUGACGACAUCCUCCAUGUCUCCAGACGAUUUCUAAAGGGUCUUGAGGCCACAGCCACCCAGGAACACGAGCAGCUGCUCUGCAUCAGCACCCUGUUCCAGGAGUUCAAGGAGGAGAUGGAGACCGUCUACAAGAUCUACUGUGCCAGCUACGAGCAUGCCCUCCUGCUCGUGGAGAGCUACUGCAAGGACCCCAGGCUGCAGGAGGAGAUCUUGGAGACCCUGAAUGCAACAGUACCUCACACAGGUGCAUCGAACCUCAGCUUCUUCCUGGUGAUGCCGGUGCAGAGGAUCACCAAAUACCCGCUGCUGCUGGGGAAGAUCCUGGAGAACACCCCCACCACCUCCAGUGCCUACCUGGCCCUGCAAGCAGCCGUCCGUGCCAUGGCCCAGGUCAACGCCAACAUCAAUGAGUACAAACGGCGCAGAGAAGUAGCAACCAAAUACAACAAGGCCGAGCAUCUGACCCUGCGGGACCGCCUCGCGCGCCUCAACACGCACUCCAUCGCCAAAAAGACCACGCGCCUGAGCCGGCUCCUCAUGCACGAGGCUGGCAUCAUGGCCAAGACACAGGACAAGGAGUAUGACGACCUGGAGGAGAAGUUCCAGUGUGUGGUGUCCAGCGUGACCACGCUGAAGGAGAACGUGGCAUCCUACCUGGGCCAUUUAGAGGUGUUCCUGUUGCCCACCCCACACAAGCGUGAGCUGCAAAUGGACGAGGGACCUGCCCAGCAGUACCGCCACUUUGCAGAAUACCUCCAUUGCACCAUUUUCCCAGAAUUUCAAAGGUCCAAGAUGGGCAGCAUAACGUACGAUGAGGAGGCAGCCAUGAACACCUACCUCGCCAUCAAUGCCCUGCUUGUGGCUGAGCUGCCACGGUUCAACCAGGCGGCUCUACAGCUCCUGGGGCAGAUCCUGUGCUCCCUCAGCACCCUGCAACGGGACUUGGCUGCCCAGGUCCUGCACCAGGCAGAAAAGGAGCUAGAGCAGAUGCCCCAUGGACACAUGCCUCUGCCCAGUUUCUGGAGGAUGGUGGAAGACACCUUGCAGCAGUCCGGCACUCAGCUCCAUACCUUCUGCCAGACAUUUGAGACAGUCACGCCGAGCCCUGUGACACAGCCUCUGAACCCUGCCGAGGAGCGGAAGGUCCUUUCCCUUGUGAGCAAGCACGGCCCAGACAAACUUUACCAAGUGACAAGCAACAUAAGUGGCAGCAAAGACUUGGACCUGACCUUGCAAAGGGGACAGAUUGUAGCUCUGCUGCAAACUGUGGACACUAAGGGGAACACGAACAGAUGGCUGGUGGAUGCUGGAGGUCCCAGAGGGUUUGUGCCUGCUGGAAAACUCCAACCCUAUUGCCCAGUACAAAGCCAGCAGCCUGGGAUGCAGAUGCCAGCCCUGGAGAGUGACACAGAGAGAAGGCGACAUUCCUAUGCGUCCCCUGAAGCUCCCAGGCCCCAGGUGGCCACCUUCACCCCAGCUUUCCAGGUGGUCGCUGGCUUCUCCUUCGCAGCCAGGAGUCCACAGGAGGUGAGCCUCCAGGCAGGGCAGCCGGUGGUGGUGCUGGAGCCGCAUGACAAGAAGGGGAACAAGGAGUGGAGCCUUGUGGAAGUGAACGGCCAGAGGGGAUAUGUGCCCUCCAGCUACCUGAUGACUGUCCCUGUGCAGGAGCCUAUGGGCUGGAGCUUGCCCGUGUGA